AUGGACCGCAUCCGUCAACACAUUCGCCGCCGUCGCAGCAGCGCCAGCAGCUCGACCUUUCAGCCUCCACUCUCCCCGACACUGAGCCAUGACAAGCAGAAAAAUAAGUCGAUUAGCGAGCCCCGACGGCUCUACAUCACCUCCAACACGCCCGACUUCGAUGUCAACAUUAUCCGCCGCUUCCAGGACGAAGGGUUCGACGUCGAAUACCUGCCUUUCGUCGCAUCGGUGACGGACGAGCCGGAACGUGAACGCAAGGAACUCGAGAAACUUCUGCACGAACGUGAGGAUGACCUCGAGCCGGGCGAACGCUAUGCGGUGGUCGCAUAUCACCGACCUGCCUACCUACUACUGUCAUCUCACCAUCAGUCGACCUCGGCCACCAAUCCUUUCCCUCGACUCUGUGCCUUGGUGACCUACUAUCCCGAGCCUCCCAGUUCCCUUCUCAAUGGAGAGCAGCAGCAGCCGCCGCCGCAGGAGCCCUGCGACAUAAUCCCGCAAUCUACCACCUCUUCAACCACCAACUCCUGUUACUCUUCGCUCUCAUUGCUCCCCAUUCAGAUCCAUCUUGCAGGUCCGCAGCCUGCUUCCCUCCACGAUGACUACCACAGCCAUCCAAGUAGGAAGCGUCAUCGUUGCCAUCUCUUCUUUUACCCCGAAUCCGAUCCUGGAUUUGCCGAGUCUACCUCUAAGACGUACGACGGCAUCAGCUCGCGCCUCGCCUGGAGCCGCGCCCUGGACUGCCUAAAGCGUGGAUUUGGAUGGCCUGGCGGCCACUGGAAUGUGCCGGAGGUUGAGACCGUGUGGGAGGAAUACUGGCGUAAUCUGUUCUACAACAAUCGGAAUGCCGAGGAGACCGAUACGCACGCUACGCAAGCCUUGAACCUAAUGACAGGUAGUGCAGGGCCAUCGCUCGCCGAGAACGAAGGCUAUCGUUCAGACCCGACGGCCGAACAGCAGGAAAUCGCAACGGUCAAUUGUGUUCCUACCAUGAUCGGCGGAACCACGCCGGCUUCUAUCGUCGCCUUCUACACCACCCAAUUCUUCCCUUCCGGGCCUUCCUCACAAACCAUCCGCCUGCUGUCUCGCACUAUAGGCCCCAACCGCAUCGUCGACGAGCUACUCCUCACCUUCACCCACACUGAAGAAAUCCCCUGGCUCUUGCCUGGUGUCCCGCCUACAGACCGCCCCGUACGCAUCCUUCUCGUCAUGACGGCCCUGUUUGUCGCCGGGAAGAUCGCCCGCCACAACAUCUACUGGGACCAGGCGAGCGUGCUGGUGCAGAUCGGCCUGCUGAAUCCGGCGCUCGUUCCGGCCGGGUUUCAGGCCACCGGACCGAAUCGCGCAGGCAAGGAAACGGUAGAGCGAAUCCCGGUGGUAGGGAGCGAAGGGGUCGAGAGGGCGCUGGGUUGA